UAUGUCUGUGGGUUGCAUCUAACUCCUGUGUGUGCAAUAAUGUUUUUUCUCUUUGCUGAGGCUUACUUGUCCAGCCUAUUGUUUGAGACAACAGAUAUAAGUUGCGAUGGGAGAGGAGCGUCGGAUUUGGUGUGUAUCCCCCAUUUCCAAUUAUAGAUGGAUCAUUACAGACAGCGGAGUCCUGAGAAGCCAGACAUCUGCUCCUCACAUGAAUGCACUCACCUCCUAGAGACCAGGCUGCCAUCAUGCUCUGGAAGCUCGUGGAGAAUGUCAAGUACGAAGAUAUCUAUGAGAUGUUAGUCCACACCUAUUCAUCCAUGGACCGGCACGAUGGUGUCCCGAGCCACAGCUCGCGGCUCUCCCAGCUGGGCUCGGUGUCCCAAGGACCCUACUCGAGCGCCCCGCCGCUGUCCCACACCCCGUCGUCGGACUUCCAGCCGCCCUACUUCCCACCCCCUUACCAGCCGCUCCCCUACCACCAGAGCCAGGACCCCUACUCCCACGUCAACGACCCCUACUCCCUGAACCCACUGCACCAGCCCCAGCAACAUCCCUGGGGGCAACGGCAGCGGCAAGAAGUGGGUUCGGAAGCCGGCUCUCUCCUGCCCCAGCCUCGGGCCGCCUUGCCCCAGCUCUCGGGCCUUGACCCCCGGAGGGACUACCACUCGGUCCGCCGGCCGGACGUGCUGCUGCAUUCGGCGCACCACGGCCUGGACGCGGGCAUGGGUGACAGCCUCUCGCUGCACGGCCUCGGCCAUCCCGGAAUGGAAGACGUCCAGUCAGUUGAAGAUGCCAAUAACAGCGGCAUGAAUCUAUUGGACCAGUCUGUCAUUAAAAAAGUUCCAGUUCCUCCCAAAUCGGUGACUUCUCUAAUGAUGAAUAAAGACGGCUUCCUGGGAGGCAUGUCUGUCAACACCGGCGAGGUGUUUUGCUCCGUCCCAGGCCGUUUGUCUCUGCUCAGUUCAACUUCGAAGUACAAAGUAACUGUGGGAGAAGUUCAGAGACGGCUGUCGCCCCCUGAAUGCCUCAAUGCAUCUCUCCUCGGCGGAGUCCUCAGAAGAGCCAAAUCGAAAAAUGGGGGGAGAUCUUUGCGAGAAAGGCUAGAAAAAAUCGGUUUGAAUUUACCCGCGGGCAGGCGCAAAGCAGCAAAUGUCACGUUACUCACCUCCCUGGUGGAAGGAGAAGCUGUUCACUUAGCUAGGGAUUUUGGGUACAUUUGCGAAACGGAGUUUCCCGCCAAAGCCGUCUCUGAGUAUUUGAACCGGCAGCACACAGACCCGAGUGACCUGCACUCCCGAAAGAAUAUGCUGUUGGCCACCAAGCAACUUUGUAAAGAAUUUACGGAUCUACUGGCGCAGGACCGGACACCGAUAGGGAACAGCCGACCCAGCCCCAUCCUGGAGCCGGGGAUCCAGAGCUGCCUCACGCACUUCAGCCUCAUCACGCACGGCUUCGGCGCCCCGGCCAUUUGCGCCGCGCUCACGGCCCUGCAGAACUAUCUCACCGAGGCGCUCAAAGGCAUGGACAAGAUGUUCUUGAACAACACCACCACUAACAGGCACACGUCUGGGGAAGGCCCAGGUAGUAAAACUGGCGACAAGGAGGAGAAACACAGGAAAUGAAAAAAUUUUUAAAAAAAGAAGGAAAAAUGUUUUAAAUACAAAAGGAAAAACAGACAAAAAUUUAAUUUUAGCUUUAAAAUAUUGGAUUGGCUUUGGAAGAAUUAUAUUAGGUAGAAUACACAUACAAUCAAAAUUUUAAAAAAAGCUAAAUAACUUAAAAAAAAAAACUGAGGCGUACAACGGAGCAACAAUAUCGGUUCUCAGUGUCUAUUUCAAGAUACACUUGGAGACAACCGUCCGGAUUUUCCACUUCGGUUCUUUCGAGUUUAGUAAUACUGAUAAUAAAAGAAAACCAUGAUUUCCCCUUCCCUUUGGAAAAUAAACAUAAGACUAAACAUGAGAAAAA